AUGGCGCAGGAUGCCCCUUCGGAUACGGCUGGUCCGUCUUCGCCUCCACCACGACUCCCGGACGGCUGGCUCCCUCAAUGGGAGGGCGUCCAACGCAAAUGGUAUUAUGUCCAACGAGCCACAGGUAAAUCGCAAUGGGAUAUUCCAACCGAACCGGUCGUUUUGACCCCGUCCACAACGCCGACAUCUAUCGGGACGGGUCCCUCGCAAGCACCACCAUCACGGCAGUCAACACAUAGCCCCCGGGGGUUCCCAACUGGGAAUACAUUGGUGGAGCGGAUGGAAUCGGUGGCGGACAGUGCGAAACUUUCCAGUGCUAUUGGCUCCCACCUUAAUGGACUGCCAGAAAAUCCAACACAAAGCUCCUUGGGAACUCAGGGCUGGCAAUUAAAUCAGAUCAGCUUGCAUGACGGCCUCCCCCAUCCACAGCAAUUUGGAUCUAGUCGCGGCGGGUACGCAUCGCGUGGGGUUUCCCACACCACAAAGGCAGUGGCAGACCGAGCAAGUGCAUACGAACCUGAGUCAUUCUUCCAAGAUAUCGCCGCCACAAUUUGGAUCUUCGGAUUCAUCCCGGCCACUGUUCAGCUCUUACCCGACACCACAGACUAUGAUACAACCACCAGGAGAAUUGGCAUCAAGAUCAGUGCAAUCGCAUAA